GAAGGGAAAUCUUUUGGUUCAUUUUUGCAGACAGAUCUGGGCUGAAACAGGCGGCUUGUAUCAACAACCACUACAGCCGGCCAUGGACUGCAUCAAUCCCAUCUUGGCCAUGGUGUCAUCGAUCUACAUUCUCUCAGACGAGGUGAAGGCCAACAGGAAACACUGUCAGCGUGUGGCCCAACGUGUUAGAGCACUAGAGGAAUUGGUAAGGGCGGUCAAACCUGAGCAAAUCUCCCCCGAUGUGAACAGAGCUCUCGAGGAACUCAAGAUCACGCUGGAAUCGACUGAGCAGCUGAUCAGAAAGUACGCCUCUUCCAGCUUUCUCAGGCGUAUCAUCAAUGCCUACAACCACGGUGAAGAGUUCGGCAUUUUGAACGAACGUUUUAAUGAUGCGUACCAGGUGCUUUCUCUAGCUCUUCAAGUGGACCAUGGAGAUAAACUAAACAAGGUGUUCGAAAUCACCUCCCGGCAGGCAGAGGACGAGGCCGACACGAAAGAGGAUCACGCAGAGCUUCAGAAACUACUCCGUGAGAAGAUGACGACCAUGCAGAAGAAAAAGAACACAACGCAGGAAGAGGCACAUAUCAAGAAGAACAUGGAGAAAGUGAUUGAAACCAUAAAUAAACCCAGGUUCAACUCUCAGGACAUCCGAGAGAUCAAACCAGAUGAGCUGACCUAUGAACUUCCCAAACGACCCUUUAUGACAACCCCCAUCUCAGAAGUUUACAGAGGAGAGUACAACAAAUUCACUGUGGCCAUUAAAAGAUACACCUAUCCCAUUACCACUCCUCCAAAUGAGGCGAGGCAAAUUUUCCAAAAGGAAGCUGAAACCAUGAGGCGCUUUGAGUCGCCCAACAUGCUGCGAAUGUUUGGAAUCUGUGUCCAGGAAGAGAGCGGUCCCAAUCCAAAUUACCUCAUUAUCAUGGAGUACUGUGAGAAGGGCAGCCUCAGACAGGUGCUGGACUCUAAGUGUAAAUUACCCUGGACCAGGAAGGCCCGCAUGUGUCUGGAUGCAGCACAAGGCCUCUACAGACUGCACCAAACUGAGGAAAAAUCGAACGUGCACGGAUGUAUCAACAGCAACAAGUUCCUGGUCACUGAAGGCUACAGAGUCAAGCUGGGUGGCUUGGAGUUGGUCAAAACAGAGAUAUCACUGGGCAAGACCAAGGACAGCAAGAAUAUGCUGUGUUACUGCUCCCCUCAACAGCUGGAUGAUGUCAACUACCUCUACAACAAGGAAUGUGAGAUGUACAGUUUUGGGAUUGUCUUGUGGGAAAUAGCCACCCGUAAGAAGCCUUUUGAAGAUUGCCCGUCACGUGUAGUGCUCUACCAGAGAGUAUGUGAAGACAAAGAUCAAGAGCCACUUCCCGAUGACUGCCCAAAAAAACUGGGGGAGCUAAUUAAUGCCUGUCGCGCCUAUGAAGGUUUCAACAGGCCAUCAGCGGGAGUGCUGGUGGACAAACUGCGCAAAGUGGUGGAGCAAUUAGAAGAGGAAUAAAGACGGAUGUUCUCCAUGUUCCUGCUUGAACUUCCCGUUCCCAGUUUGGAAAUUUAUACGGUGUGCGUGGUCAUCCUGUGCACUCUUAAACCUGGCCCAUGUCCUAUCUCUAUGCAAAGCUUUAAGCAGAGGUGGAAAA